AUGCCGAAACGAUCUAAAAGCACCACAGAUCAGCAAGAUGCAGCUUCGUCAUCGAAAAGGGCCAAAACAUCAUGUUUACAGGAGUUGCAGAGCAAGUUUGAAAGACUCAAUGUGUUUUGCGCAUUUUGUGAUGCCAGACUGACAACGUCCAUGACAUUGCAAGGUCUACAAAAGGCAGUGACGGAUCUGACAGUCGAAGACCUAGCCUCCAUCAAUGCCAUUGUACCGCAUUUUGUCAAGUUCAAUUAUGUCUCGAACGACCUGCUCGAAAUCGAGUUUGGAAGACCUGCUAGCAAGCGACAAUCCAAACAAAAGCAUGCACAGGCGAUCGGCAAUCGAGGCGAUGAUUGGUUUCAAGGAUUCAGCAGUAGUAAGAACAGAGAUGAAAGUGCGCCCAAACCAGUUAAGCCGGAUGCGGUGAAGAAGCUGAUAGAGCAGCAGAGCAAGAUGUUUGAUAAGGCAUUGGCAAAGUUCAUAAAGUAUUGUGAGGACAAGAAACUGGAUGUAGAGCAGCACUUGUUGUAUGAAAGAGAGAAACACAUCCCCAUUCCCUACUUGGGCGAAGAGGAUCCAUUUGAAGAGAUUGAUACUGGACUGAUGACAGGUUCCUCCCAGCCAGAGACGAUACCCGAGCUGAUUCAGGGGAUGAAAUCUCUCUACUUUUACGGCGGCCAACUGGAGGAUGAGACUCACAACAUGAGGACAUUUGAUGCCAAAUCACCACAAUACGACGACAUUGAGCUAUCACACCCGAUCAAAGCCGCGUUGGAGGAAAAGGGCAUUCACCAGCUGUAUGUGCAUCAGACAGAGGCUAUCAAGGGUCUCUAUGAAGGACAUCACGUCAUUGUAUCCACAUCCACAGCCAGUGGCAAAUCGCUGAUCUAUCAAAUACCUGUUUUGGAGGAGCUAUUGACAGACAAAUCAAGUAAAGCCAUGUACAUAUUUCCAACCAAAGCACUUGCACAAGAUCAAAUGCGUGCCUUGAAGGACUUCAUACAGCAGAUACCAGAUUUGGAAGACGUGAUGAUAUCCACAUUUGAUGGAGAUACGCCAAAUGACCAACGGUCCUACAUUAGAAAGUAUGCAAACGUCAUAUUCACAAAUCCUGACAUGCUGCAUCACGCCGUAUUACCCAAUGCCAAGCUAUGGAGACAUUUUCUUGCCAAACUAAGGUACGUGGUCGUGGAUGAACUACAUGUGUAUAACGGUCUCUUUGGCACACAUGUUGCCCUAAUCAUGCGAAGAUUGAGGCGACUAUGCCGUCUAGCUGGCAACAACCACGUCCAGUUUAUCUCUUGCAGUGCGACGAUUGCAAGUCCAGACAAGCACAUGAAAGCUGUUUUUGGCAUUGACAAUGUCAAGCUGAUUGAUGUGGAUGGUGCGCCACACGGCAAAAAGGAGUUUAUUGUAUGGAACCCAUCCUUGCACACACCACUCGACGAGCAAUCAGAACGUAGAGGAGCCAUUGCAGAAGGAGCAGAUAUCUUGGAGUAUCUGUUGGAGAACAACGUCCGUACUAUUGCAUUCUGUAAAGUGCGAAAAAGCUGUGAGCUGUUGAUGAAGCAGCUGAGGGAGAAUCUGCAGCGAAAGCAACGAAAGGACAUUAUGAAUAGGGUCAUGAGUUAUCGUGGUGGAUACACAGCAGAGAGCAGGAGAAAAAUUGAAAGCCAAAUGUUCAAUGGCGAGCUGCUGGGCAUCAUUGCAACCAAUGCCUUGGAGCUGGGUGUGGAUAUUGGGUCCUUGGAUGCGGUGCUGAUGAUAGGUGUGCCGUGGUCCAUUUCUGCCUUGUGGCAACAGUCAGGCAGAUCUGGCCGGAGAAACGCAGACUCACUGUCGUUGGUCGUGUGUGAUGGAAACCCAUUAGACCAACAUUAUGCUCGCCACCCCGAGGAAUUGUUUGUAAAAUUACCCGAUACACUGUCUAUCAAUUUUGAAAACUCUAUUGUAAUUGAGAGCCAUGUUCAAUGUGCUGCUGAAGAAGAACCUAUUCAUGCUAUUGAGGAUCAAGAGUAUUUUGGUGAAAAGCUGCCCACUCUCUGCGAGGAACAUUUAGCACCUAUUGGCAACCAACUAUACAGGCCAGAUCCCAAAUUUAGACCUUACCCAUCACAAUAUGUCAAUAUUCGAAAUAUCAACGAGGACUCAUUUGCUGUUGUAGACGUAACUGAUGGCAGGAACGUUGUGUUGGAAGAGAUUGAAGUGCAUCGGGUUGGCUUUGAAAUCUAUGAAGGUGCCAUAUUUAUUCACCAAGGAAGAACAUACCUGGUAGAAGAGUGCAACAUUGACAAGAAAUACAGCAAAGUGCAUUUGGCAAGGGUGGACUGGACUACCAUUCAACGGGAUUAUACUAAUGUGGAUGCUCUCAGCACAGACGUUACCAAGCAUAUUCUGGACACAAGGAAUACAGUGUCGUUCGGCAAAGUGACAGUAUCUACUGUUGUGUUUGGCUAUUACAGGAUUGAUAAGAGAAAUCGAAUUAUUGACGCACAUGACGUGUAUAUGGAUCCCAUCAUUAUAGAGUCUACUGGCGUAUGGGCAGAUGCUCCCGGUGCGGCAUUGAAGCAGUUGGAUUUCAUGAACAUAGAUCCAAUGGCAGCCAUUCAUGCAGCAUCUCAUUGCUUGAUCUCAUUGCUACCUCGAUUUGCUUACUCUGCCAUUGUGGAUCUACGCACAGAAUGCAAGAAUUCCAACGCAUCAAGAAAACGGCCUGCUAGAAUUGCUUUGUAUGAGACACAACCCAGUGGUGUGGUACGACAAGCCUUCAAAUUUUUUGAUGGUCUCAUCAACACCUGCAUCAAUCAAAUCGAAGCUUGCACUUGUGAUUCCGGAUGUCCUUCAUGUGUCCAUUUAACGUUUUGCUCAGAACAAAACCAGGUGUGCUCCAAAGAGGGUGCUUUGAUCGUCCUCAAAGCAUUGCGUGGUGAUGAUGUCUUGACUACAGCGUAUACAGAAACAGAUAUCGAGCAUUUGGUUGAGAAUAACUAG